AUGGCCAACGACAAAGACGUACAGCACGUAGAAGAACCUAGGAUGAACACCAUGCCCUCAGACUCACUGAAGCCGGUGGCUUUCGAUACAGUCCAUGGCGACGAGGCCCUCAAAAUCAUGGCUGCUGGUCAUGGAGGCAGCGAUACUUGGGAUGCCCAGGCAGAGAAGAGGCUGGUGCGAAAAAUCGACCGUCGACUCAUGCCUAUCCUAUGCAUCACAUACGGCAUUCAGUAUUGGGAUAAAGCUAUGCUGGCACAGGCGGCGCUUUUCGGUCUCAGGGAAGAUCUAAAGCUCAAUGUGGGCAACCGCUUUGUCUUUUCAUCUGCCAUUUUCUACCUUGGUUUUAUCGUUGGAGCGUAUCCAGCCAUCAUGAUGGCCCAACGCUGGCCGAUUGAGCGUGUCGCUGCUUCUAUCACCUUUGUCUGGGGAAUAAUCGUCAUGUGCAGCGCUGCGUGUAAAUCAUACCAGGCUUUCUAUGCCCAGAGGUUCUUUCUGGGCUUGAUCGAGGCAGGGGUUGGCCCGAUGUUCAUGCUAGUCGUUGGUGGAUGGUAUAAGAAGGACGAACAAGCUUUCCGGAUGGGCGCUUGGUUUUCUUGCACAGGCUAUGUGUCGAUUUUCUCACCGUUGAUCAACUACGGCCUGGGUCACCUCACAGGAGGCUCUCUACACCCAUGGCAAUACAUGUACCUUUUUGCAGGCGGCAUGACAACAUUGUGGUCGGUCGUUGUUUUGUUCGUCAUGCCACCAGAUCCAAUUCGUGCCCGAAGCUUCAACGACCGCGAGCGAUAUAUCGCAGUUGCACGAAUGAGGACAAACAACGCUGGUGUCCGGAAUAAACACUUGAAGAAAUCCCAUAUCAUUGACGCUCUGACGGACAUCAGAUUCGGCCUGGUAUUCUGCAUUGUCUUCCUGAUGUUCUUUGCCAACGGACCGAACUCGACCAUGGCGGGCAUCAUUGUCAACAGCUAUGGUUUCUCCACCCUCAACUCCCUCCUCCUCCUCACUCCCGCGGGCCUGGUGUCCGGAACAAUAGAGUUGGGAGUCUGUUACCUGGCAUAUCGCUUCAAGAACAUUCGCGUGUACCUUUUCGUCACCUGUGUCUGCAUGACAAUGAUUUCGUGCUUGCUGCUAUGGCAACUCCCUCGAUCUGCCACAGCAGGUCUACUGGUCGCAAUCACAUUCCUCCCUUCCUUCGGCGGAGCCUACGCUAUCAUGCUGGGCCUGCAGAUUGCCAACACGGCAGGGUAUACCAAGCGGUCCGUCACCUCCUCAGGACUGUUCAUGGCUUGGUGCCUCGGUAAUUUCACCGGGCCGUUGCUCUUCAAAAAGGAAGAUGCUCCCAUCUACGGGCCUGGCUUCCGGGUUGUUGUUGCGGGCUGUGCUUCAGCUGUCGUCCUGAUCAUCGUGUAUCGAUGCGUGUGUGUUUGGGAGAACAAAAGAAGAGACCAGAGUGGGACCCUGGAGGCUUUUGACAAUGCAUACAACGAUGAUCUAACGGACAGGAUGAACAAACAGUUCAGGUAUAUUCUAUGA